AUGUAUCAACAACAAGAGAUCCUGUCCAAAGCCAUUGAGCUGGCCAAAAACCCAAAAGUUCAACUCUCUGCCGGACUUCUUCUUGCCCUCAAGGCUUUGGGUUACUUGAAUGCUUGGUAUACCAAGAGGAAGGUUAAGAAUCAUGUCAGCGACCCUUCGUGGGAUUGGAGCCGUGAAAUUGUAGUUGUCACCGGAGGAAGCAGUGGAAUUGGAGCUGCGAUAGUUUCAAGGUUUGCUGAAAAGGGUAUCAAGGUCCUGAUCAUGGAUCGGAACCCUCCUGCUACAAAGCUGGCUGCAAACACGUGCUUCUACAAGGUCGACCUCACGGAGUCGGAAGCCAUAUCCUCAGUUGUUGAUCAGAUCAGAGAGGACCACGGCAAUCCGACCGUUCUGAUUAACAAUGCCGGGUUCGCAGAAUUGACAUCUAUACUAGACUCGCCAGAGUCUUACCUAAGGAAACUCUUUGAUGUAAACCUCCUCGCUCCCUACCUCCUAACCGAGCAGUGCCUCCCCAGCAUGAUUAAGCGGGAUCACGGCCACAUCGUCAACAUUGCUAGCCAGGCAUCUUUCGCCACGCAAGCAACUAAUGUGGCCUAUGGUUCCACCAAGCUCGGCCUACUAGCUUUCCACGAAGGCCUUGGCCAGGAGCUGAGAUACAUCUACAAAGCCCCUCGCGUUCGCACCAGGACGGCCAUGACUGCAGAGAUGGUCGCAAAGGGAAAACUUAAGGAUACAGUUACACCACCUGAGGUUGUGGCUAAUAGGAUUUUCAACCAGGUCAUUUCUGGCUUCGGCGCACAGAUCAUUGUGCCUUCAAACUUGUGGUGGACCUCUUUGAUCAGGGGACUACCAGGAUGGCUUCAAGAGUCGUUGCGAAACCAAGUGACGUUCAUCUUGAUCAACGCCAUGGGCACUGGACCUAAAUAG